AUGUCACUUCUUGCCAUUCCUUUGGCUCAUCAUUUGCUCUACCACCACCACAAUAAGAGCAAUCCGUCUUCGAUCCUGUUGGACACAGGGGUAGAGAAGAAUGCUUUCUGCCCAGAAAUAUACAAUGCUUGUGUCACUUACUACACAGUGUUUCCUGAGAAGGAAGGAGGGAAACAAGGUCCAGUUGCCUCAAAGGGAUGUGGUGUCAUGUCCCCACUCACAGAGGAUCCAGAAAAGUGGGAGAUCAGAACUGUGGACACACUUGGCAAUCGGAUCAGCUUCAAUGUAGAAGCUUGCAGAUUGAAGAUGUACUGCAACCACGGCGGAGUUCCGAAGCCCUUCGCCGAUUUCACUGCGACGUUCGCUUUAAGUUGGCGCAGUGCAACUCCCCUGGCCGAGGUUUCAAACCCCGUAUCCAGUAUGGGAGCGCACCGUCCACAGUACAACCGACAACUACCCAAGCUGGGAUUCGAACCCCGUACACCAGCUUGGGAGCGCGGUGCACUUGCCCCAGUACUAGCAAGCACUGGGACGCUAAUGACCCGUCACACGGCCUCGAGGCCAGGCAGAAUAAUAAUGACUCGCUUAAUUCUCUCGCUGUUGGUUUCGGUCAAUUUGAAGAGAACGACGGGUCAGUGCAUCAAUGACUCACCGUCAUCAGCAGGGGAUGAUCAUCAUCGUCAUCAUCAUAAGCGAUUUCCCUACUACGACGAGUUCAAGGAUCCCCUGUUGUUGACGCCCUUCAUCACGACGGGGGAUCUGGAGUACGGCCGGAAUUUGAGCCGGGUUCACGGGUUCGAACAGGUCGCUGGUGACCUGGAAAGCUACUCCGGGUUCCUCACUGUCAACGAAACACAUUUUUCUCACCUUUUCUUCUGGUACUUUCCAGCUGAGAAAACUGUAAGGAGCACAUCUGUCUUACUUUGGCUGGAAGGAGGACCUGGAGCAGCAUCCAGUUUGAAUGUUCUUCUGGACAAUGGACCUCUUGCAGUUGAUGAAGACUCCCUGAAAAUUGUCAAGCGAAAAAAUCAUUGGAGCAAAGAGCAUCAUGUUAUUUACAUUGAUCAACCCUUGGGAGUUGGCUACAGUUUCACUGCACCUGAUGGUCGACCGAAGUCAUUGGCAGAGUCCACUGAAGACUUGUACGCAGCUUUGGUCCAAUUCUACGCUUUGUUCCCCACCGUCAGUAUUUUCCCGUUGUAUCUCACCGGCCAGUCCUACUCAGGUGCAGUAUAUCAACACCUCCUACAAAAAAAUGAUAAAACAAAUAAUUUCACAAAUCAUCGAAAGAGAGAAUUGGCCCGAAAAUGUCUCGCUGCGUCUCUCUCAUCAUCAUCGACAGGGAAAUUUGUGCCGUCCCUGGCCCGGAAAAUCGGGGACAGGAACAAUGCUCUGAGGGCGAGUCCGCACCAGUCCGUCACGUCGGCGUCCUUGAGGUUGCAACUUCCGCUUCCGCUCGAAGGCAUCAUUAUCGGCAAUCCCAUGAUUCAUCCCAGGCAGAACUUCCACUACGGGGAUUUCCUCUUUGGCCACGGCAUGAUUGACGAAAUCCAAAGGAAUCACUUUGAUUUGCAGGCCUCUGAGUCUGUUCAUCUGGCUGAUGAAGGCAGAUGGGAAGAAUCCGUUGAUGUGAUGGACCAACUGAUAUUCGGCGCAUUCCACAACGACACGUACUUCAAACGGGUCACUGGCUUCGACCAGUACCACAGUACUCGUGGACCCCGGGACACGUACUUGUUCACCCCGGCAUACGAAGCAGCUGAGGCAUUCCUCUCCUCAGUCGCGACACGCAGGAAUUUGCACGUGGGCGAAAUGCCCUUCUUGUCCUUCAGCGAGGAGAUCCUGAGGAACUUCAAAACGGACUUGGCCCAGUCCCAACUGGAAAACUUGGAAUUCGCCCUGGACAACUACAGAGUCAUGUUGUACUUCGGCAGUCUGGACAUUAUUUGCAAUUUCGAGGCAGGUCGGCGAAUUGUCAACGACGCCAGGCGAUGGAACAGGUACGAGGAAUGGCUGCACACGACCCAGAAGCCCUGGAAAGCCAGGUUCGGUGACCUGGUGAGAUACGACGUGAGGUCGGGUCCGGGGGACUCAUCCAUGCCUCCUCCUCCCCCGAAUGUCAACGACGAGGUCACUUUUGGGUACGUCACCCAGAUGCCACGCAAGGAAAAGAAUCGCAAUGACUUCGUCUUCCUCGUGGUCCUCGGAGCUGCUCACAGUGCCCUGCAAGACCGCCCUGAAAUCAUGCAACACGCAGUCGACACUUUUCUCCGCCAUGGGCAAUUCUGACCAUUUUAAUUAUCUGCAGAAAAAAGGGAAUAAACUAUAGCACAGUUGAACCUUGAUGCCUCAGAAGUCCCCAAGUCAAAUUUCCUUCAAGUCCAUUUCUGGAUUCCAUUGGAAACCAUGCAUUAAAAAUCCUCCCCAACUCAUAUUUUCUGGAAGAAUUGGGCUAUUUUACUGACACAGAAAAGAGAAAAGCAAUAAAAAUCCAGCUUGUGUUUUGAAAAAGUGAAAGACUAAUUGGACAAAUUAACCCUCGCCUCUGCAAGUUCAGCAUACUUCUAACUCAUUUAAGAAGCAAUUACAAUAGAGGCCCAGAAUAUCACCGAUUAAAAUAUUUUGGAAUUCCUCUUUCUUCCCCCAGAGCAAAAAUCCUUGUUUCCAACUCAAAUUUUUCUUGCUAGUCCCUCAUCCGAGUUUUAUUCAAAUGCAUGAAUUUACGUGGAUUUCUCAUUUCAUUAGCAAAUAAUUAACCAAGAUGUUGCAUCAUGAUUUCCUUCAUAGUUAUUAGAACAUAAUUUCUCGAAAUGACCAAAAAGUACUUAGUAGAAGGCGGUAUAUGUUGGACAAAUUCCACGAAGACAAAACAAGAUGCCUGGUAUUUAUUUCUUUUCCUUCGUUGUUAUCAUAACGUCAUAUAGGAUUCAGAACCUGCGUACAGACGUUGAAGAACUCACCACGACAGCAUCUUUUCUUAAAUCAGUUGCUCUUCUCUGUCCUCGUGAACAUAAUGAACUGCUCAUGCGUUCAGCAACGUGUCAUAAAUCAUUCAUUUCUUCCUUACCC